CUCUGCCUUUAGCAGCCUCUCUUCAGGGGCGUAACCCCUUCUUUAUCCACGAAUAAUUCUCCACUUGGAGCAGUUUGUCACUGUGUAACUGAACCUCAGUAAAAGAAGACGGCAGUGUUGUAAUUUUGUAUCUUCAGCGAAUGGAGGCGAGACCAAGCAGACGGGGUUUACAGGAAAUCAUGUGGAAGUACUCAUGUUUCACUGUCAGUUCUGCCAAACGCCAGCUCACAGUCAGAGUGAGGGGGAAAACGGAUAUACGCAGAUAUUUAUUUUAACCAACUGGGCUGAUACUGAAACACUAACAUCCUCUGAAGCUGAGCAGGAAAACAAGCCUUUAUGCUUCAAGUAUUAUACUCAUUUUGGGGCUCUGUCACAUCUCGUUCGUGUGUGGUAUUUCUGAUCACGUCACAUUCACCUCGUGUAAGCCGAGGGCGGUUUCCAGUUGAUCUGAGGAUCCUAAACUGGAGCAUUGUGACCGGUUGCAUUUUGAAACUUUACUCUUCAUCCUACUGAAAAACGAUGUUUGAGAGUGUGUCCAUUCGAGUAAUGUGUUUGAUGGUGUUUUUCCAUCAAGGAAUUGGAGGUGAGGACACGAGGCAUGUCACGGGUUACAUUGGCGAGUCUGUUGUCUUGCCAUCAGAUGCUGAUCCCUCAUGGUCUCUUAGUACAAUUCGUUGGACUAUCUAUGAAAACCUAACAAAUAUUGCAGUCUUUCAGAGCAAAAAAUUGAAUGUUGACCGUUUUCCCUUAUUUCGUGGACGCCUUGAGCUGAAUACGUCUUCAGGCCAUUUAACAAUUAAAAAUGUAUUAUCCAGAGAUGCUUUAAAAUACAGAGUGGAGCUGGUAGGCGGAAUACCCACUCAAAGGAAGAACAGUUUUGUUCAGCUUUCUGUUCAGGAACGACUUGAUAAUCCAAGCAUACGUCUGCUGCACAGUUCCCUGGAUUCAGGGUAUUGUGUGAUCUCUCUUGGCUGUUUAUCAAUGAACAGUGAAGUUUCUCUUUCUUGGGAACCUGAGCAUGGCUUCAGUGAACCCUUCUGGAGCGGCGAUCAGGGAGACUCUGGUGAAUCAGUGCUGUGGACAUCUUUCACACCCAACCGGGUAGUAACCUUCUCCUGUACUGCUGCUGAUGACCGUCGCCAAGAAUCAUCCAGCAAGAGUGUGACAUGUACAGAGCCAGAACCAAGAAGAAACAGCACUCAGCCUGGAAGUACUCAAGAUGUACUCCAUGGUAGAAUCACUGUAGGAUUGAUAGGAGCAAUGUUUGGAGGAAUUCUUGGAUGUUUGGGGACAAUCAUCUACCAGAAAUGCAAAGAACAACUUUCAAGAUCCUGAACCAGGUUCUUCAGUUUUACCAACUGAUUUACUGAAACUUCAUCCCAGCAAAUCUGAACUGCUUUUCAUCCCCACAUCAGUAUCUUGCAAUCUCCCUGGACAACUCUCUGAUCUCACAACAGCAGAAGGAUUCAACCGUUAUAUCCACACAGGCCACUCAAGUGCUUCUUCAGUCUCCUGUCAUUUCGAUACUGGACUACUAUUGCAACUCGCUGGUGGCAGAUCUGCUUGUAAGCUCCACUGAACCUCUGCAACUGAUCCAGAAUGCAGCUGCACAACUUGUUUUCAAGCUUCCUAAGUUCUCCCACACCACCCCAUUGCACCUGCGUGAAGUGGAACUCCGUGAAAAUAGACUCAAUCGUUUGUGCUCAGUUUGUACGGUUUUGUCUCACUAAAAGUUUACUUUGUGCUGCUUCCAUUUUUAAAAUAUUAGACAUUGAAUUAUAGGCGCCAUUCUCCUCUGUGUGAGCACCCUUUUAGAGGCGAAUUGCUGAAGACUUUUUCAAGACAAAUCAUAUCAUUUUCUUCAAUAAACAGUUCUCUUUACUUUUCAUUGAUUCACAAGAUCAUCUGCUACACUUCACUGCCACCACUAGAUGUGACACUUCUGUUCAUUAUGCUCUUGUGGAAAUUAGUGUUGUUAGUGUAGGAAAAGUCAACAUAGUUACUAAAUCAAAAUUCUGGCCAGUGUAAGUACAGUGUUUUAACACUGUCAGUUAGAAUAUUGUUAGUUAACUUCAAUCAUAAUGGUACACCAUUCAAGAGAGCUAAGAUUGUCAAUGUUUAUUGAACUGAAAACUCGUUGCUCAUACUAGUAUGGUUAAUGUAGAUAUGAAAUGCUAAUUACAGCGGUACAUGGUACCCAUGUUAGUUUUUUUGAAUAUGUUGUGCAUCUAGGAGUCAACAUUACCAUAUUGGUCCUAAUGUAAGAUAUAAUAUCCUUAUAUAUUAUUACUAGAUUAUAUUUUCCUUGUAUUCUGGCAAAUACAGUAAUACAUGAAGUUUAUACUGUAUAUGACAUUUUUUGAGUCAGGAUUAUUUCAGUGGGUGGCGCCUGGCAUGUUUUGCUUAUGCCAGAUGCCCAAGAAAUCAGCAGUCGACAGGGAUUCCAUUUUCAGUCCUCUGUUCUUGCAAAGAGGCCAUAGUCCAAAAUGGCAACAUAGCUACUCUUAAUCAGAGCAUCUGGACAGAGCUUAGUGAGCAGCUAGAAAACAAGAUCACUGCAAAGGCUCUAUAUACUUCUGUUAAAUUGAACAGACACAACAUCUGAACUGCUUUAGGGUUUAUUUAUGAAAGUGAUCAUGAAACAAGUGGCAGUAGUGAUGACACUGAUUUUGAGCCAGCGUCCCUUUCCCCCAGACCAAAAGAUUUCUGGACUUUUGAAUUUUCUUUGUGUGAAUUUCCCUCCAAUCUGAUGCUCCAAGGAGAGAGAUUUACUUUAAGGGUGUAGUAGGGUGUGUCGUGGUUAAAACGUCACCCUUAUUAACUACAUGGCCAAUGGGCUCUAUCGCUACCAUAGUAUAUAAGUGGUUGUUUAGGCCUCCCAGAAGGUGUCAUGGUCGAAAACAGCCCCUUCCUUUCAUUGCUAUGGACUACAGAGUGUGACGUUGGGCUACCGAGAUUGUGUGCAGGUGUGAUGUGCUGCUCACUCUCAGUGCGGUGUGCUGUCAACGCUCCCAACUGUGUAGCAUGGUAGUUUAACGUAGCUCCGGUCGGUGCGCCAGCUGUUGCCGUCACAACUAUUAAAGACGCUAUCACGAUUUUCGUAUGUGCCAUCGUGAGUAUCAAGUCAUCGUAUCACAGGUCCUCGAUUUUGCAUGCGUUAAGGCGGGCUGAGUGAGAUGUGGUUAUCUCAGUAUAGCUCCUCCCCCUCACUCGUGGAGCCACGUUGCUGCUUUGGGGCUGCUUGAGUCUGCUUUGUGCUUUGAUUUUGUUUUAUUUUGUUCUGCUUUGUUUUGUUAUUUUGCUUUGUGUUGGUUACUGUCACUAAGAUCAGUUUUCUUUAAUUCCACUGUUGUAACUGUCUUUAUCAGUUAUGUUGUACUGCUAUGUGUCCAUAGACAGUCUGAAGCCCGUACCUAAACCACUAUUAAAAAAAAAACAACAAUCCUAACUACAAAAUCAUUUAAAAACUAAUUCUCAGUUCAUUUGUCCACAGAUUAUGCCCACCAACUACAGUAAAACUCUUUAUAAAUCUUCAUAAUUAUAUCUUCUUAGAAUUUGCAGUAACCAAAUAGCUUGCAUAGGCAGCAUGUACUUCAUUAACAGCCAUAUUUAUUUUUUUGAGAAAGACCUUAGGGUUUCCUGAGUCAAAUCUGAUAAUUUUCCUGCAGAUAGAAAAUGAUAAGAGCAGACAGUUACAUGAGAAAUAUGCUGAACAUCAGUGGUGUACAGUUAGUGUACUGACAAAUGCCAAAUUUCUUAUGAGAGUCCAGGACAAUUUUGAAAUAUAUACUGAAAAAUAUAUUCAGUGGUUGAGUAAAUAUGACAAAGAAAAAUCAGUGAUUUGAAAAGCAAAUGAUUAGAUAAAUACUUUAAUUUCUGUACUAAAUUAGUUAAUGUAAAUAUUCGGCUGUGUAUUUUAUGCAUUUCAGAACAUCUCCAAAUGCCAUGUAAAAUUGUUUGCUCUGACCUAUGAGGUUAGCAGUAAGGAAGCUCGUUUACUGUUAAUCACUGAAAAAGCUUAAUUUGCCAAGUGCAUUAAAAAUGUCCAAUAUUAAUCUCUGUACAUACCCAGUAGAAGCGCAAACAACAGCACACCAGAGAUGGAAACAGUAUAUCCAUGAAAGUCCUGCAUUGCUGUAUUAGUGAAUGACUAAAGUAGACGAAAGCUGAGGCUCAAAAAACACUUCCUCAUUCAGUGUGUGUCUGAGGUCUCUUAAUCUAUAAAUGUUUGCUGUAUGUGGCUGUAAAGACAAAAUAAAUGCACCUACAGCGUUAUCGGAAAGUUCUCUAUGUGUAUUCUCUGAAAGUGGUUUAAAGCCUUUAAAGCCUCACUGUGGUUCUGCUACACACGCAGCUUAAA